CGCACAAUUAUGAAUUUUCAUCUAUAAUCAUCAAUAUUGUUUUCUUCUGUUAUCAUGACUGUAUUAACGGGGCUCUAAGUGUUUUAUAGGGAGCCUGAUGUGUGUUAUGUUUCGAGGCCUCAUCAGUCACACUGUUUACAUGAAAACACAGACUUAAACACACGUUUUAUUCUGUGUGGGAGAUAUGUGAACGGAGGCAUGGGCUGGCGUGUUUAAACCAUCAAUAUUUCUCCAAAACACGAGCACGGUGGUAAUUCAAAACAGAAUAAUCACCCUUACUUGUUCUGCUGAUGUCAUUUUAGAUGAUGUCUACACUGAGAGCAACGCGACACAUCUAGAUCGCUCAUUUUAUAAUAAAACGAAGCUAGUUUUCUAGUUUUGUCGUGUCGUUCGCACUUGACGUAGGCGGGGUCUCAUAAGCGUCAUGAGACUGAUGUCAUUGUGAAGGAUCAUAGGUCUGGAGAGACCAGAGAUGAGAAAGAUGGGUCAGAAGAUAACAUCAGAGAUGAGAAAUCUGAAAAGGUUGGGAGGUAGAAUCGGAUAUCUGGAGAGAUCUUCAGAGAACAUGAGAGGACAUUUGUUGAACUGGAGGAUCUGGAGAUUAGAUGUAAGAAAUCUGGAGAAAUGGUUAGCAAUCAAGAGAGAUCAUCAGUGACCUGGAGAAAGCAUCAUGAGAAUGAGAAGUUUGGUGAGAUCAGCUAUGAGGAAUCAGGAGAGAUAUGGAGACAUCUGAGAUGAGAAAUCAUAAUAGAUCAGCAGAGAACAUCAGAUGAGACAUCAGGAGAGAUGGUGGAAAUCAGCAAUCAGGGUUUCUUUCCUGUCUGUCGCUGUACCCUGAGGGUCUGUUCCUCGUCGUCCUCUCUCGCUCCCAAGACUCUAUGGAGGAGUAGCUCUUGAGUGACAGGGACGAGAGCCAAUCAAACGUCAGUAGGUGUGACAGACUCGCAGCAGCAGGGCCGAGAGGAAGAGAGGAUGUCGUCAAACCGGACUCAGACCCCUCAUGGUCUGAAGCAGAUCGGGCUGGACCAGAUCUGGGAUGAUCUGCGAGCAGGGAUACAGCAGGUGUAUACCCGUCAGAGCAUGGCCAAGUCACGCUACAUGGAGCUCUACACUCAUGUGUAUAAUUAUUGCACUAGUGUUCAUCAGUCAAAUCAGGCCCGUGGUGCAGGUGCCCCCCCGUCCAAACCUUCGAAGAAGACCGCCUCACCUGGAGGGGCUCAGUUUGUGGGGCUGGAACUUUAUAAAAGACUGAAGGAAUUUCUAAAGAAUUACCUUACAAACUUACUAAAGGAUGGAGAAGAUCUCAUGGACGAAAGCGUGCUGAAGUUCUACACGCAGCAGUGGGAGGACUACAGAUUCUCCAGUAAAGUGCUCAACGGGAUCUGUGCUUACCUCAACCGCCACUGGGUGCGCCGGGAGUGCGAUGAGGGCCGGAAGGGGAUCUAUGAAAUCUACUCUCUUGCUCUGGUGACGUGGAGGGAAUGUUUGUUUCGGCCACUGAAUAAGCAGGUCACAAAUGCAGUAUUGAAGCUGAUUGAAAAGGAAAGGAAUGGAGAAACCAUCAACACCAGGCUCAUUAGUGGUGUAGUCCAGUCUUAUGUUGAGUUGGGUCUCAAUGAGGAUGAUGCCUUUGCUAAAGGUCCAACUCUCUCAGUCUACAAGGAGUACUUUGAAACUCAGUUCCUAGCUGACACAGAACGGUUUUACACAAGGGAAAGCACUGAGUUCUUACAACAGAAUCCUGUUACUGAGUACAUGAAGAAGGCAGAGGCCCGCUUGCUGGAAGAGCAGAGGAGGGUGCAGGUGUACCUCCACGAGAGCACACAGGACGAGCUGGCCAGGAAGUGUGAGCAGGUGCUCAUCGAGAAACAUCUGGAGAUCUUCCACAUGGAGUUUCAGAACCUUCUGGAUGCAGACAAAAAUGAAGAUCUUGGCCGCAUGUACAACCUUGUGUCACGGAUCACAGAUGGAUUGGGAGAGCUCAAGAAACUUCUGGAAACACAUAUUUAUAAUCAAGGCCUGGCAGCCAUUGAGAAAUGUGGGGAGUCUGCUCUGAAUGACCCCAAAAUGUACGUACAGACUAUUUUGGACGUCCACAAGAAGUACAAUGCCUUGGUGAUGUCAGCAUUCAACAAUGAUGCUGGUUUUGUGGCUGCUCUGGACAAGGCUUGUGGACGCUUCAUUAAUAACAAUGCUGUUACCAAGAUGGUUCAAUCCUCCAGCAAAUCUCCUGAACUACUUGCCAGAUACUGCGACUCUCUGCUUAAGAAAAGUUCCAAAAACCCAGAGGAGGCAGAACUUGAAGACACACUCAAUCAAGUGAUGGUGGUGUUCAAGUACAUUGAGGACAAGGAUGUGUUCCAGAAGUUCUAUGCAAAGAUGCUGGCCAAACGCCUGGUCCAUCAGAACAGUGCCAGUGAUGACGCAGAGGCCAGCAUGAUCUCCAAACUAAAGCAAGCAUGUGGCUUCGAAUACACAUCAAAACUCCAGCGCAUGUUCCAGGACAUUGGAGUGAGCAAAGACCUCAAUGAACAAUUCAAGAAACACCUCACAAACUCAGAACCUUUGGACUUGGACUUCAGCAUCCAGGUGCUGAGCUCGGGUUCAUGGCCUUUUCAGCAGUCCUGCACUUUUGCUUUGCCAUCAGAGUUGGAGAGGAGCUACCAAAGGUUCACAGCAUUCUAUGCCAGCAGACACAGUGGCCGCAAGCUCACCUGGCUUUACCACCUGUCCAAAGGGGAACUGGUCACCAACUGCUUCAAAAACCGUUACACCCUACAGGCAUCCACGUUCCAGAUGGCCAUUUUACUGCAGUAUAACACAGAAGAUGUUUAUACAGUCCAGCAGCUGACAGACAGCACACACAUCAAAAUAGACAUUCUGGUGCAGGUUUUGCAAAUAUUAUUGAAAUCCAAGUUGUUGGUUCUAGAGGACGAGAACGCAAAUGUGGAUGAAGUGGAAUUCAAACCUGACACCCUCAUAAAACUCUUUCUGGGUUAUAAAAAUAAAAAGCUGCGAGUGAACAUUAAUGUGCCAAUGAAGACAGAGCAGAAACAGGAACAGGAAACAACGCACAAAAAUAUCGAGGAGGACAGGAAACUCCUGAUACAGGCGGCUAUAGUGAGAAUCAUGAAGAUGAGGAAGGUUCUGAAACACCAGCAGCUUCUGGCAGAAGUUCUGAACCAGCUCUCAUCCAGAUUCAAACCCAGAGUCCCCGUCAUCAAGAAGUGCAUUGACAUCCUCAUAGAGAAGGAGUAUCUGGAGCGGGUGGAUGGAGAGAAGGACACAUACAGCUACUUGGCCUAAACAUUUCAUUGCUCCUCCACUUCUUUACUGUCUUUCACUCUCACUUUUUUAAGUUGUCUCUUGGGUAAUAAAUAUCAUUCCUCUUGAUGUUCGGCUUGUGUUGAUGGGAAUUUGAGCACAGGAAAGGAAAAGGACAUAUAAAAGGAGAGUAUUCGUGUGUGCAUCAGUGAAUGUGUGUGUGUGUGUUUGUGUGUGUGUGUGUGUGUGUGUGUGUGUGUGUGUGUGUGAGAGAGAGAGAGAGAGAGAGAGAGCGAGAGAGAGAGAGAGAGCGAGCAAGCUGGACUUUACUGUUGUAUUAGAGGAACCCGCCCUGGAUGGACAGACUGUAUUUGCAAUGUACAUACAUACAUACAUACAAACAAACAAACCUUGAGCUUUAAUCUCGCAAAAUAAAACAUUACAGAUUUUAGAAACCCAAUCAGAAAUAAACCCUUCACAUUAAGCAUGCUAUUGCCUCUCAGCAUUUAAAGGAAGAAAAAAAUAUGAACAGAGAUCAUUUUUAAUCUUAGAGAAGAAGGGGCUAUGACGCCUGGAAAGUGUUUUAAGAUAUGAAAAGAAUAAAAUAGGAAAAGGGUGCAAUUUUAGCUGUAUUACCCUAGAAGAAACGAGUUGGACAGGACUGUAGGAGUGUAAUCUGCAUUGUUACCAUAAAACCAUUUGUAUAGUGUGGUUCACUUUUUUAAAUGCGUGUUAAAUAAAAUAAUUAAAAGUU